CUUUAAAUUGCAUGUCGUACAAAUAUCCUUUUCUGUGAGCACUGCUGAAGCGCAGGAUUUCACCAUGACUCGCAAGGGAAACAGAGUCCUUCCAAAUGUCCAUUUCCGUAAGGAAUGGCAAAACUAUGUCAGGACCUGGUUUGAUCAACCAGCCCGCAAGAAGCGGCGACACAACACCCGUGUGCAGAAGGCACGGAAGAUUGCCCCCAAACCCAUCGCAGGAGCACUAAGACCCCAAGUUACUUGUCAGACGUUCAAGUACCACACCAAGCUGAGGGAGGGACGUGGCUUCACUCUUGAAGAGCUCAAGGCUGCUGGUAUCCACAAGAGGUAUGCCCCAACCAUCGGUAUCUCUGUCGACCACAGAAGGAAGAACAGAUCAGUGGAAGGUCUCCAAGCCAAUGUCCAACGCCUCAAGGAAUACAGAUCCAAACUCAUCCUCUUCCCCAAGAAGCUGAGCAAACCCAAGAAGGGAGACAGUGAUGAGGCCGAGCUUAAGAUGGCAACUCAACUGUCUGGUCCAGUCAUGCCUAUCAAGAGCGUCCAGAAGCGCGAGAAGGCCCGUGCCAUCAGCGAUGAGGAGAAGAAACACAGUGUGUUCCAGGCUCUGCGAAUGGCCCGCUCCAACCAGAAACUCCAUGGUCUCAGGGCAAAGCGUGCCAAGGAAAAGGAAGCAGAGGAAGCCCAGAACAAGCCCAAGGGCAAGAAGUAAAUUCCCUUCCAUUCCGUCUCUCCUCCCUGUCAUCCCAACAUAGGAUAUCCAUACACAACAGAACUCAUAUCAGCUGAACUUCAGUCCUUGUGAAAUCCUGUCGUUGAGUAAAAUUCGAUCAUGCUAUUCGACGUGCCUACAUUACAAGAUUACCUUAUUGAGACGUGCGGUUGUCAAUAAACAGAAGCUACACAGGCAGAA